GUCACUUCCGGGAAAAUGGCGGCGCCCAUGGAGCGCUCCACGCCGGCUCUGCUGUCCAGUUCUGUCCAGUGAUUGUUAUUUGGGGAUUUUUAAUUGCUGUCAUUGUUUCUGCUCCGCCCCUGGAGGACUGCGGGUGAGUCACCCUCCAGAGCCGGUCACCUACAGGCAGCGGACAAAAUGGACUCCCCAUCUAAUAGCAAGAGCUCGGGCUUGAAGAUUGCAGAGCAGCAGAUGCAGCGGCACGGCUGGACGGAAGGAAAAGGUCUUGGAAAACGAGAAGAUGGGAUAUCGGAGGCCAUUAAAGUCAAAGUGAAGUGUGACAAGGCCGGGGUGGGACAUAACGCCGCAGAGCAGUUCACUUUCCAUUGGUGGGAUCACGUGUUCAAUAAAACCGCUUCCAGCAUCUCCGUGGAGCCUGAUCAGGACGGGGUUCAGGUGAAGAAGGUCUCGGGAGAUGACGGCACGGUGUCCAGCAGAAAGCCCCGGAAGGCCAUGUUGUCCCGUAACAUGCUGUACGGACGCUUCAUUAAGUCGGCCACACUGAUGUCAGGCGGGGAGCAGCCGGUGGAAGAGGCGUCCUCAUCUCAAGACACCAGCGACAGCAGCGAAGAUGAGGAUUCAAAACUUGAUCUGUCCUCCGCAACUAAGUUGACUGAUGAGGACCUGGUGAAGAUCUGUGGUGGCCGCACAGCUCACAAAGGAGCAAGGCAUGGACUGACCAUGAACGCCAAACUCUCUAGAAUAGAAGAGCAGGAAAGAGCAUUUAUGGAAAAGUACGGCAAGAAGGAAAUAAAGACGCAACCAACCAAGUCAACGGAUGAGAUCAACGGUGAUGACGAGAAGAGAAAAAAAAAGAAAAAACAGAGGGAAGGAAAUGUCGAAGAACAAAACAGCAAUCUCUCCAACAUAGAAGUGCCAAAGAAGAAAAAGAAGCAUAAAAAGAAAGAUGGUGAAGAAGUUGUGGCCAAUGGUCAUGACCAAGAACAGGUUCCUUCUAUGGAGGAAGAUACAAUGGCCUUGCAGAAGAAGAAAAAGAAGCAAAAAAAGGAAGAUGGUGAAGAAUCAGUGGAAGUUGUGGCCAAUGGUCAUGACCAAGAACCGGUUCCUUCUAUGGCGGAAGAUACAAUGGCCUUGAAGAAGAAGAAAAAGAAGCAAAAAAAGGAAGAUGGUGAAGAAUCAGUGGAAGUUGUGGCCAAUGGUCAUGACCAAGAACAGGUUCCUUCUAUGGAGGAAGAUACAAUGGCCUUGAAGAAGAAGAAAAAGAAGCAUAAAAAGGAAGAUGGUGAAGAAUCGGUGGAAGUUGUGGCCAAUGGUCAUGACCUAGAACAUGAUACAAUGACCUUUAAGAAGAAAAGGAGCAAAGUUCCAGAGAUCGAUGAAGACCACAGUGAUGACCUUUCUGUAGAAAAGAAAAACACCAGACCAUCAAAGAAGAAAAAGAAAACGGUAGAGCGGGAAGAGUCCAUGUUGAGCGGUCAUGCAGAAGACAGUGUUCAAUCUAUGGAAGAUGGAGACUCUAGACGUGAAGUGGAGGACAGCAAAUAUGAAAAUACAGAAGAGGAGAUGCGAAAGUCCAAGAAGAAGAAAAAGAAAAGCAAGAGAACAGAAGCUCACGCAGAGUUGGUCGAGGCUGACGACCACACAGCAUAUUCAGAAGAGGAGCUUUCAAGAAAACCCAAAACUGAGAAGAAGUGGAAGGUGGAUGAGGAAAAUGGAGAAGGAAGGUCGAAAAGGAAAAAGAAAAAACUAAUAGAUAAUGAAGACCUGCCCGAGGAAGAAGAAAUGAAAGCCAAGAAGAAGAAAAAGAAAUCGAAAGGCAAGGACAGAGGAGUCUGAGCAGAGGCCAAGGAGAAGCUGGGAUAGAAGACGUUGUGAAUGUCAUGUUGUUGUGGCAGCAUUGGAAGGUAAUAUUUUAUCUUGGUUUAUUUCCUCGAUUCUCAUUUCCCAAAAACACAUCUCUGGCGGCUUUUAAACCUCUGAAAUUGUUUUGAUACUUGAGACUUACAAGAAAUAAGUCCACGUGGGACGUGAGGAACCUGCCAAGGAAUGUUGUGGACUCUUAAAGAGCCUUUUUUUUAAAUAUGUAACAUAUAAAAUAUCACAUCAUUGUAAUAAAACAUGAAUUAUGUAGUAAAAACCAGAGUCACCUCCAUGGUGUACGCCGCGGUAGUGUGACUGAGGAGAAGGUCCUCACUCUGCAGAACCUCAUCUUCACAGACAUCAGUAGACCGUGUCCUACACUCAGAGAACCUUAUGUUCACGUCAUAUAUCUUCCCCAUCUUUACCGGUUACCUGUGAUACAUGUCUGAUUUCACCGAAACUUCUCCACACUAGUAAAUACAAACAGCGCCACUUUGGCUAGCAGGCUGAGUUUGGUAUUGCUCAGUGAAGUGAAUUCGGCCGAGUUGCAAUACCAGACACAUGUGAGGGGAGCGGUUUCUGGAG